AUGCUUCUUUUGGAGCAAGGUAGGAGGGACCUUGAGAAAAACGACCAAAAUGGCGUUAAGGCAAGAGCUCCUACGACAUGGAGUUGGUUGUGGAAAAGCGUGCUAUGUGGUAUGACUGUUGUUAUGUUGCUUUCAUGUGAUAAACGCUCGGCAAGGUAUGAUGCUGGACCCAGGGAAAUUGUACAUAGAUCGAGUACUUAUUUUAACGGUACGCAUGAGUUCAAGACAUUAACAAUAUUGAUAUCUAUCGAUGGGUUCCUUCCGAGAUUAAUAGAUGAAAAGUGCACGCCGUUUCUUUACAGCUUACAUAACUUGCAGUCGCCAUAUGAUAUAAAUAUCAGCACUGCACCGCACAUGAUCCCGAGCUUCCCCACACAGACAUUCCCCAAUCAUUGGAGUAUGGUGACGGGAAAAUACCCCAUUGAACAUGGCAUCAUUUCCAAUGUAUUCUGGGACGAUGCUACUAAUAGCGAGUUCCAACCCAAUAAUCUCGACCCGAGAAUUUGGAGCAAUGCAGCAGACCCCAUCUGGCAGCUGCUUCAGACCCAGUCUCAAAACGAGUACAAAGUGGCAACGCAUAUGUGGCCAGGGAGUGAUGUUACGUACAACGAUUGUGAAGAAAUGCCGAGAGAAAGAAUGCCAUUUUAUUUCGACAAGUUUAACCAAUGGGAACCACUUGAUGAAAAGUUGUCUCAGAUUUUCCGGUAUGUAGACAUGCCUCAGCUAAAGGACAGGCCCGAAUUGAUACUGAGCUACGUACCUAAUAUCGAUUGGUAUGGCCACAAUUUCGGAUACGAUUUACGAGAUAAGCGGCUACAAGAUCUGAUCGGCGAAGUUGACGGAUUCUGCCACGAGUUGAUUGAAGGCUUACAGAAAAGAAAUCUGUUGGCGUUAAGCAACGUUAUGUUUGUCAGCGACCACGGGAUGAGCAAUGUCGACAUGAAUAACGUGGAGAAUAUCGUUGUAUGGGAAAAAAUGUUUCCCGACGGUGCGAUGUCCAAGUACGUAUCGCAUCUCUAUAACGAGGGCCCGAUGAUGAUGGUCUAUUUAGAAGAUCCUCGAGACAGGCGCUGGAUGCGAGACUUGAUCGAGUUCACCCUGCGGAAAGUGUACGGGGAGGAAAUCUCGAGCAAGUUCCACGUGAUCUUGAGGGAAGAUUUCGAGCCGGAUUGGAAGUAUUUCCGCUACGAUGACAAACCACACGCAUAUGACGACAGGGUGGGCGAUAUCUGGGUUCUCGCGGAUGCGCACUGCGCAAUCUUGAAAGAAACCGGCGACGUACGAGCCGGGGUGAUGGGGACGCACGGCUACAACUUUGCCAACUGUAGCGACAUGGCGUCCAUGUUCAUCGGCAUGGGUCCGAUGUUCAACAAUGGAGUCAUACCACCGUUCGAGAACACAGAAAUCUACAAAUUACUAAUCGAGGCCAGCGGUGUCGUAUAA